AUGCGUUUCGGCAGGAUCCUCACGGCCGUCGCGACGCUGCCCGCGGUGGCAAGUCUCAGCCCGCGGGCCGCCGAGGCACAGCACGUCAACCUCGACGAGUACCUCGCGGCCAACAACCUGGCCCUGGUGCCGCGCCAAGACCUCAGCGAUGCCAUACGGAACAUGAACGUGCUCCUGGGCGAGCUGCGGAGGGAGCGCGAGGUCGCAGCCCGCAUCCUCCCGCGGCAGGCCAACAGCAGCAACCCCGGUGGUUCUGGCGGCGGCGGCACAGCACCGCCGACAGACAGAAACGACGGCGGCUUCAACCCCCUCAACAUUGCAGAUCCUCUGGGCCUGGGCGACGGCAUCAGGGACCUGAUCGACACCAUCAAGAACCUGCGCGAGACGGUCAACGUCGUCCUCCAGAUCUUCAGCAAGGACGGGCUCACGGACCUCCACGACAUCCUCCAGUACCUGUCCGAGACGCUGAGGCCGCCGACGCCCCAGAUCGCCCGCAAGCUGCUCGUCGACAUUGACGCGCUGCUCCAGGAGCUGGACCUCAGGAGUCUGCUGGACCAGCUCAAGGGCGUCGACAUUGGCGGCCUGGUCGAGGCAGUCAAGCCGCUGCUGACCAGGGAGACUGUCGAUCAGAUCAAGGGCCUGUUGGACGGCGCGUCUGGUCUGCUCACCAAGGAUGUGGCGGAUCAGCUCAAGGCGCUCAUCGGCAGUCUUGGGGAGCUCGACCUGGCCGGCCUGUUGGAGCAGCUAAAGGACGUCGACUUGGCAGGCUUGAUCAGCGCCGUCAAGCCCUUGUUGACCGAGGCCACCGUCAGCCAGAUCAAGGACCUCUUGGAUGGUGCAUCCGGACUGCUCACCAAAGAUGUGAUUGAUCAGCUCAAAGGCCUUCUCGGAAGCCUCGGCGAGCUCGAUCUCGCUGGACUGCUGGAGCAACUUAAAGACGUCGACCUGCCCGGCUUAGUCAGUGCCAUCAAGCCAUUGUUGACGGAGGAUACCGUCAGUCAGAUCAAAGACCUGCUGAGCGGAGCGUCAAGUCUGCUCACCAAGGACGUUAUCGAUCAACUCAAGGGUCUUCUUGGCUCUUUGGGUGAACUUGACCUUGCGGGGUUGUUGGAGCAGCUCAAGGAUGUCGAUUUGCCUGGCUUGAUCGGUGCCAUCAAACCAUUGUUGACGGAGGAGACCAUCAGCCAGAUCAAAGACCUCCUGAACGGUGCGUCAGGUCUGCUUACUGAGGAUGUCAUCGAUCAGCUCAAGGGCCUCCUUGUUAUGUUGGGUGAACUCGACCUUGCAGGCUUGUUGGGACAACUCAAAGAUGUAGACCUCAAGGGUUUGAUUGAGGCUGUAAAGCCGCUUUUGAGCAAAGACACGGUGGAUCAAGUCAAGAAUCUCCUCGGCACUGUCUCAAACCUGCUUACGCAGCAGGUGGUGGAUCAGCUAAAGGGCCUGCUCGGCAGCUUGGUCGACCUUGAUUUGGCCAGUGUGAUCGACCUGGUCAAAGACAUUGAUCUCAAGGGCCUGGUAGAGGCUGCAAAACCCCUCCUGAGCAAAGACACGGUCGACCAAAUCAGGAGUCUACUCGGCACCGUGUCCAGCCUACUUACGCAGGAGGUGGUUGAUCAGCUCAAGGGAUUGCUGGGUAGUCUGGUCGAACUUGACCUAGCCAGCGUCAUUGAUUUGAUCAAGGACAUUGACCUCAAGGGCUUGGUCGAGGCUGCAAAGCCUCUUCUCAGCAAAGAUACGGUGGAUCAGAUCAAGGUUCUGCUGAGCAGUGUGUCGAGCCUCCUGACGCAAGAGGUGGUCGAUCAGCUGAAGGGCCUGCUAGGUAGCCUGGUUGAGCUUGAUCUGGCGAGUGUUAUCGAUUUGGUCAAAGAUGUAGACCUCAGGGGCUUAGUCGAGUCGGUCAAGCCGCUCUUGACCCCGGAGACGGUGCAGUUGAUCAAGUCGCUUCUAUCCAACAUCGCUGAGCUUUUGACCGAAGACAGUGUCAGACAGCUCAAAGGCUUGCUUGCGAGUCUGGGCGAGCUGGACCUGCAAAAGCUUCUGGACCAGAUCAAACCGUUGAUUGAUACAAUCACCCAACUGGACAUUCAAGGCCUACUCGAUUCCGUCAAGCCCCUGUUGACCCCAGAAACAAUCGAGACCAUCAAGGCGCUUCUCGCCAACGUCACGCAGCUCUUGACAGAGGACACGGUCAAGCAGCUCAAGGGCUUACUCGAGGGUCUCGACGAAUUGGAUCUGCAGAAGCUCCUGGAGCAGGUCAAACCCCUGAUCGACGCCAUCACCGAGCUAGACAUCCAAGGCCUGCUCGACUCGAUCAAGCCUCUUCUUACUCCAGAAACAGUAGACACAAUCAAGUCGCUGUUGGAAAACGCGUCGCAACUCCUGACCACCGACCUGGUCAGCCAGCUCAAGAGCCUCCUCGCGAGCCUGGGCGACGUUGACCUGCCAGCCCUCGUCAGGCAGAUCAAGCCGCUGCUCGACUCGCUGUCCCGCAUCGACCUCGGGGGUCUUUUUGAGCAAAUCGGUCCCCUACUCGAAUCCCUGGGCCAAAUCGACCUGAGGGGCAUCUUUGACGCCCUCAAGCCGCUCCUGACCAAGGAAUCCGUACAAGGGAUCGUCGGCCUGCUCACCAACGCCGAGGGCCUCAUCGAGCAGGUCAGGCCGCUGCUCGAUUCGCUGGCCGGCCUGGAUCUCAAGGGCCUGUUUGAGCAGAUUGGUCCCCUGCUUGAGUCCCUUGGUCGGAUAGACCUCAAGGGGCUGGUCGAUUCGGUGCAGCCGCUCUUGACGAGAGAGUCCGUCCAGUCAAUCGGCGUGCUGCUCGCCAACGCGGGCUCUCUGCUCACUGCCGAUUUUGUCCAGGACAUCAGGGGUCUCAUCUCUGGUGCGGGCCCGCUGCUCGAGUCGCUCAAGGAAAUUGACCUCAAGAAGCUGUUGGAUCAGGUUGCUCCCCUGCUGGACACGUUGGGCAGCAUAGACUUGGUUGGUUUGCUGAACAAGGUCACCCCUCUGCUAGACAGCCUCGAGGAUAUCGAUCUCAAAAAGCUGUUUGACCAAGUCGGCCCCCUCCUGGAUUCAGUCGGCAGUAUAGACCUCGUGGGGUUGGUCAAGAGUGUUACACCGCUGCUCGACGGCCUCAAAGACAUUGACUUCAAGCAGCUGGUCGACCGGAUCAUCCCCCUCAUCAACCAGUUGGGCGACAUUGAUCUUGCAGGCCUCAUUGCCGGCAUAACGCCUCUCCUUGACUCGCUCAAGGAGGUCGAUCUGAAGAAGCUCUUUGCCCAGGUCGGCCCUCUGCUCGAUUCUCUUGGUGAAAUUGAUCUCGUGGGGCUUAUCCGCAGCAUAACUCCGCUCCUCGACUCGUUUAAGGAAGUCGACCUGAAGAGGCUCUUUGCCCAAGUCGGUCCCCUGCUCGACUCUCUGGGUGAGAUUGAUCUACCAGGGUUGGUGAGGAGCAUCGCGCCGCUCCUCGAUUCCUUCCGAGAAAUCGACCUCAAGAAGCUCUUUACCCAAAUCGGUCCACUGCUCGACUCGCUUGGCGACAUGGACCUUGCGGGCUUGGUGCGAGGCAUCACGCCCCUGCUCGACUCACUCAGAGAGAUUGACCUAAAGAAACUCUUGACCCAAAUAGGUCCGCUGCUCGACUCGCUCGGUGAGAUCGACCUGGCCGGGUUGGUCAGGAGAAUCGCGCCGCUUCUGGCAGUGCUCCAAAAGAUCGACUUUGAGAAGCUGGCCGAGUCGGCGCAGCCGCUGCUCGAGGCGCUGGGACGUGUCGACGUCGGCGCCCUGGUGGAGUCGGCCAGCGGGCUGCUGACCAGGGACGGCGUCAAGGGCAUCGUGACGCUGCUUGGGAACGCGCAGCUGCUGCUGUCGAGGGAUUUUGUGCAGAAUACAAAAGAGUUGAUUGGUGAUGCUACGCCGUUGAUAUCGGCUGUUUCGGACUUUGCAUCAGCGAUAUUAACUUCCAUCAUGGGUUGA